UAUACUAUUCUUACUUCAGAAGGAUUGGAUCGUCAAACAUUAGUAGCAAAUUUUCCUGUCUCGAUGACUACAAUGAUGCGAAAAGUAGCAAAGGCUUAUUUGCACGUAUAUCUUUACGUAGACCAACCACUUGCCGAACCUGAGCCGGUCGAAGUGAUUGUUCGAGAACGGCGAUUAAAUGGAGAGGUCGGUGACAUCGUCGCCACCAAGACUGUCGUCAUCGAAAAAAGUGACAAAAUUGUUGUACCACUGAAGAGUUUUGACGUUGAAAGAUGGUGGCGAACGGAUCCGAUUCUUGGCCUAUAUGUCGUCGCUAUGCUAGACGGUCAAAAUAUCGCAGUUCAUCCACAGGAAGAUCGUCAUGCUCGUCAUGUAAGUUACAAUAUCUGA